GCUAAAACAUCCACUGAAAUCGCGCCUGGAAGCUCCGAUACAGCAGGAGGCGCUCUCAAUCCGGCUAAAUGCAGCGAGGAAGAAGCGCUCCCCGGCACCGGAAGUGGACUGCAAAGUUACGGGCUUCUUCCUUUCCUCCGGUUUGUAUUUCGUCAGCCACGAGAUUCCAAGUCCAGCAGACAGAAGAGUUUCUCCGCAGAGCUUCAGGAACAUGGGAGACCCUGUGACCGAGUACACGGCCCGGCUGCAGCAACAGGAGCAAGAGAUCCAGCGUCUGUCUGCAGAGAUCAAAAAUCUUGAAAACUCCCAGAACCUCAGUCCAUCUCCACGCCUGGAAGAGCUGCAGGAGGAAAACGCCCGACUCAAGUACCGCCUCAACAUCCUGAAGAAGAGUCUGCAGGAAGACUCACUGAGUCAACGCGGCAAAGCCAUGUUAAACAUCAACCAGCGACUUCAGGAGGUCUUCGGCGAGGCCAUCCAGGCCUCCUGUCCCGAGCUCGACAACCCGCCACUUUCCAUUGCGCCCAGCCAGCAGGCCAAGUUUGGGGACUACCAGUGCAACAGCGCCAUGAGCAUGUCCCAGAUGCUGAAGGCAAAGGGGAUAAAGAUGAACCCGAGGGAGAUCGCAGAGAAGAUUAUCAAAAAUCUUCCAGACAACGAACUCGUCCAGAAAACGGAGGUCGCGGGGCCAGGUUUCAUCAACAUCUACCUGCAGAAGACAUUUGUGUCCAAACAGCUGAGCAACUUGUUGAUUAACGGAGUGCAGCCCCCACCACUGCCAUCCAAGAAGAAGGUGGUGGUGGAUUUCUCAUCUCCAAACAUCGCCAAAGAGAUGCACGUGGGUCACCUGCGCUCCACCAUCAUCGGGGACAGCAUGUGCCGAUUGUUUGAGUUUCUGGGAUACGAAGUCCUCAGGCUGAACCACGUGGGGGACUGGGGUACCCAGUUUGGGAUGCUGAUCGCCCACCUGCAGGACAUGUUUCCGGACUACCUGACCGUCUCCCCUCCCAUCGGUGACCUGCAGGCCUUCUACAAAGAGUCAAAGAAGCGCUUUGACACGGACGAGGAGUUUAAGAAGCGGGCGUACCAGUGUGUCGUCAAACUGCAGAGCAAAGAGCCGGAGUUCAUCAAAGCCUGGAACCUCAUCUGUGACGUGUCCAGGACAGAGUUUCAGAAAAUUUACGACUGCCUGGACAUCGAGCUCAUCGAGAGAGGAGAGUCGUACUACCAGGACCUGAUGGUUGAGGUGGUGAAGGAGUUUGAGAAGAAAGGCCUGAUGGAGCUCGACGAGGGUCGUAAGGUCGUCUUCCCCCCAGGGCAGCCCAUCCCCCUCACCGUCGUCAAGUCAGACGGGGGCUACACCUACGACACGUCAGACCUCGCGGCCAUUCGCCAACGAAUCUUUGAAGAGAAGGCCGACAUCAUCAUCUACGUCACUGACAGUGGACAGAGCACGCACUUCCAGGUGGUGUUCGCCGCAGCUCAGCUGAUCGGCUGGUACGACCCCAAAGUGACCCGGGUGGAGCACGCUGGCUUUGGAGUGGUGUUGGGGGAGGACAAGAAGAAGUUUAAGACUCGUUCUGGAGACACGGUGAGGCUGAUGGACCUGCUGGACGAGGGACUGAAGAGGUCCAUGGACAAGCUGAAGGAGAAGGAGCGAGACAAGGUCCUGACUCCAGAGGAGCUCACGAAGGCUCAGAGGGCCGUCGCCUUCGGCUGCAUCAAAUACGCCGACCUCUCCCACAACCGCAACAACGACUACGUCUUCUCGUUUGAUAAGAUGCUGGACGACCGAGGCAACACGGCGGCGUAUCUCCUCUACGCCUUCACCCGCAUCAGAUCCAUCACCCGUCUGGCCAAAAUCGACGAGGCCACGCUGAAGAAGGCGGCAGAGACCACGGAGAUCCUCUUGGACCACGACAAGGAGUGGAAGUUGGGGAAGUGCAUCCAGCGUUUCCCGGAGAUCCUGCAGAAGAUUCUGGACGACCUGCUCCUCCACACGCUGUGCGACUACGUGUACGAGCUCGCCACCACCUUCACAGAGUUCUACGACAGCUGCUACUGCGUGGAGAAGGACCGGCAGACGGGUGAGGUGAUCAAGAUCAACAUGUGGAGGAUGCUGCUCUGCGAAGCCACUGCAGCCAUCAUGGCCAAAAGCUUCGACAUCCUGGGUCUGACCCCGGUCGAGAGGAUGUGAUGUCAGAGUUCAGAACGAGGGGAAGCCUGAAGAUGAACCUUGGCAGUCUGAACUCAGUGAACCGGAAGAGUUAUUUUUCCAUAACACUUAUUAAAUCAAACAUGGGACGGGGAAAUCAUUGUGUUCGACUCAUUUAUUAAUGUCUCGUGUGAAGGAUCUUUUUAUUAAAGGGCGAUUAUGAAACCAAAA